UGACGUUCGGGAGUUCCAGUCUCAGUUCGGGUGUUUAAUCGUCAAAUGUAAGCAGUUGCGUGCGGUGGUACUGAUUGCUACGUGACCAUAGAUUUUUUCCGUGAAGCCUCUGUCCGUAGUUUUUGGACCCGUAAAUCCGUUUCCAUAUAGAUGAAGUGCUGAGUGUGUCGUCGACCAAGCUACAUACGGGAUAUACAAGAGUUCGAAAGACCAGUCCAGAAGUCCGAAUCUCCACUCCCCCUCAGUGUCCGUGUCAAGAAAGUAGUUGGGUGGCAGUGUUCGUAUAUUUGUGUAUGUGCGCGUGUGCGCGCACUCGUUUAUGCAAUAUUAUUUAUUCUGCCUGCUGUAAACUGCCCAUUGCGGCUGGCAAAUGAUCGUUGGUUCGUUCUUUCUCUGCACAGGAGACGAAAUCUAGCAGCAGACCAGACCGAUUGCUGCGCCUGGUAUUUUCGUGGACGGCUGUGCUGUUAAAAAUGUGUUCCAAGCAACAGUGAUGAAGGUGCCGCGGAAGUUGGAAGGAAUCAGGCGACAAUAAUAAUAAUCACAAAGCUGGGGGGUUGACUUGGUAGAAGACUGCAGAAAGAUUCCAGUACCGUACAUCGGUUGUAAGCGGGAUUACGCCACCAGCGUUCACACGAAGAAGAAAAAAACGGUUGUCUUCAUAUCAAUAAUAAACAUUAUUGAUGCAUUUGAAGGGGUUCUAAUUGGUGGAUGUACGACAGAAGCUGGGGAAGAUCCGGGUGUUUGGAAGAAGAAUCUUGUUUUUUUUGCCGGUGUUGACUAUGUUCAAUUAUUAUCAUUAGACCGUGAUUGAAUCAAGUGUCAAGUCUAGUACGGUGUGAAAUAGUUUAGUCAACCAGAGAAAAAAAAAACGAAUUUGCUGAUCGAAAUGAGCGGAAGUGGAAACACGGGGCCAUCUGCCAACGUUAGUGCCGUUUCGACACCGAUCAAUACCGGAACACGGCCUGAUUCAGCUCCGGCUUUUGGAUCAUCAACAAUUUCACAGGCCUCAACUCCACCGCAUAGCUCUGCCGGAGGCAAGUUUCUGGAUCCCCGUGCGGCCGCCGAGGAGAAGAAAUUCCGUCGGACCUCGCUGCUAGUCCCGCUACCGAAGCUGCCCUCGUCGGAGAGCAUCAGCCUCAGUCCGGGACCGGUGUCUCCAGGAAUCUCUGGAUGGAACGACAGCAGUCCAAAGAUCGAAGCCGGCUUUCCCGAUAAGUCAUCCAACAACGAUGCGGCCAAACUGAACCGCAAGGAGUCAUACAAAGCACAACGAAAAAACUAUCGCCGGGAGAAGAAACGGGUGGCAUCGGAACUGCUCAAUUCGCUACAGGACCCGGCCGUGAUAGUGCUGGCUGAUUGGCUUAAGAUCCGAGGAACGCUCAAAUCAUGGACAAAAUUGUGGUGCGUGCUGAAACCCGGUCUGUUGUUCAUCUACAAAAGUCCAAAAACAAAAAGUAGUCACUGGGUGGGAACGGUUCUGCUGACCUCGUGUCAGGUAAUCGAAAGGCCAAGCAAAAAAGAUGGAUUCUGCUUCAAGCUGUUCCACCCGAUGGACCAAACAAUAUGGGCCCCUAGAGGACCGGACAAGGAAACCAUGGGAGCUGUGGUUCAGCCACUUCCCACUUCCUACCUGAUCUUCAGGGCACCCAGUCAGGCCGCUGGAAAAUGUUGGUUGGAUGCACUGGAACUAUCACUCCGGUGUUCGGCGCUGUUGGUCCGUUCGGUCCCCGCCAUCGACACCAGCACGCUGGAAGGUGCGACCAGUACCCACGAGACGCAGUGGUCCGAGGCCGACUACGAGAAACACUUUGACGAACAUGUUCCAAAAUUGAAGAAGCACCUUAACUACCUGUUAAAGUAUCUACCCCCUUCCCCACCGGAUGAUGCGAAUCUUAGCGUAGAUCCCAGCAAAUCGCCUUUCCCCCAUAGUCCGUGUCCUUCGCCAACGCCAAUCUUUCAGCAGCUCUACCUGGCGGUUGCCCAUUGGGAGCGAUAUCUGCGCGAUUCUCCGGAAUUUAUGCGACAGUGCGGUGGCAAUCCGGGCGAAUCCGGGGCACUGUCACCGUGCAGCAAUGACGACGUGUUCGACGAGAAUGUUCCGUCCGUCUCCGAGCGACGGCGUGGUUCGCUCCAGGUUGGAUUGUCACCCGGGGGAUCGAUCGACGAAAAGAUCCGACGCCGCAGCAGUCCGGCAGAGUUCAACAAAGAGUACGGACGAGAUUCGGCCGGUGGAGUGACGAUCCGGGUUUCCGGCUGUCAAUAUUUAGAUAUCGAUAGUCAACAGGAUCAGGGAACGCUGGUAAUGUCGGCCGGUGAGUCAGACUCCGAGUCCGAUCUCGGUGAGGGUCUGGAACUGGAGGAGUUCCCCGAAACGCCCUACGUCCACCUUCCGGAGGAGGAGUUUGGGGCGGCUGGUGAACAAGUGGAGGAACUUCCCGAGGAACACAAAAGUCUGUUGUGGUUCCUGGUGAAACAGGUUCGACCCGGUAUGGAUCUCAGUAAGGUGGUUCUGCCGACCUUCAUCCUCGAGCCCCGUUCAUUUCUGGACAAACUGGCCGAUUCGUACUAUCACGCAGAUUAUCUGUCGAAGGCCGUUCUUGAGGACGAUCCGUUCACACGGAUGAAAACCGUCGUCCAGUGGUACUUGUCGGGAUUCUAUAAGAAACCCAAAGGUCUGAAGAAACCCUACAACCCUAUCCUGGGAGAAACGUUCCGCUGCUACUGGCAGCACGACAACGGUAGCCGGACGUUCUACAUUGCCGAGCAGGUAUCGCACCAUCCUCCGAUAUCGGUAUUCUACGUGACAAACCGACAGGAUGGAUUCUCCAUCAGUUGCAGUAUCCUGGCCAAGUCGAAGUUCUACGGCAACAGCACUUCGGCAAUACUGGAGGGAGUCGCGACACUGACCCUGCUGCCGCGGGGUGAAUGCUACACAUUGACGGUGCCGUAUGCCCACUGCAAAGGUAUUCUGAUGGGAACUCUUUCGAUGGAACUGGGCGGAAAAGUUUCCGUCGAAUGUGAAAAUACGGGCUAUAAAACGGAACUGGAAUUUAAGUUGAAACCGUUCCUGGGAGGCAACGAGUACACCAAUCUGGUCACAGGUAAGCUAAAGCUUGGCAAGGAAACUCUGGCGACCAUUAACGGCCACUGGGAUGGAGAGAUCCGGAUCAAGGAUACCCGAUCCAACGAGGAGUCGGUUCUGUUCAACCCUUGUUCGGAGACUCGUGCCAAGCGAUUGCGCCGAUUUGUGGUGCCAAUGGAAUCACAGGGUAACACCGAAUCGGAACGAUUGUGGCAACACGUGGCCGCCGCCAUCCGACGGGAUGAUCAGGUGGGAGCGACCGAAGAGAAAACGGCUCUGGAGGAAGCCCAGCGUAUGGCGGCCAAGGAACGAAAGGCGACCUGCACCGAGUGGAUCCCCUUGCUGUUUCAGCAAGAUCUGGUGACCGGACAGUACCACUACAAAUACGCCGACCUGCGCCCGUGGGAUCCACGGAACGAUUUGCGACAGUACGAGUGCAACUAUCGCAUCCAAACGAAGACGCGACAUCAAGCACCGAUGGUGCGCACAGCGUCCGUCAUCAGCACCGAACCGCUCAGUAUUCUGCAGGCAGAAUCACGCAGUUCACUGCGCAAAGGGAUCGCGGUGGCCGGAGCCGUUCUGAAAGCACGCAAAAUCUCAUCCAACACUUCCACACCGGAUCUGAACGAUCCCAACUCGGACUCUAGUCAUUCGAACGAGCAUACCAACAGUAUCUCCAAUACUAGGGUGAUGCAAUCACUGGACGACAUUAACCGAAAGCUGGAGGAACACUCGAAGAAACUGUCCAAGCUUCAACUGGACAUGGACAAAAUCAACUGGGCUCCGAGAUUGGCCGGCACGAGCCGGUAUGGACUGCUGGCCUCGUCGAAUGCGAGGGCCAUAGCAUUUGCCGUACUGGGACUACUGAUACAGGUAUUUGUCGUAUGGUUUCUAACGAAACGAUCUCUCGCCAGUGUUGCGCCUCCCUCGUCGUCGUCCGAAACCCCCCCGUCGACGAACGGGCAAUAGUCAGUAGGUGAUAGUGAUAGUUUUACAGUUAGGUUCUGUUAAAGUUUGACACUAAUCAGGUUUACUUUGUGAACAAUCCGAUCUGAAUUACAAACAUUCAGCGUAGGUUGGGAUCGGUAUAGAAGAAAAAAAACAGACUACAAAUGUUUUAUUUCAUCGAACAAUUAAGUCAACGCAAUUUUCUCUACUUCUCAAAGCUUGUUUCGACUUUUUCUGUUCCCGUAAAAAUCGACACAAUUGUUCAAAUAAAUUAUUUUAUAGCACCUAAUAAAUAUCCAAUACACACUCAGCGAGGACACCAACCGCAGAUAGCUCCCCACGGCAGAUGCCAUAAUCAAGAGACGAAUAGUUCAUUUCCCCAACGAUGGCGGUUGACGUGUUAUCCUCGGAUGGAAACUUUUCCUCCUACAACCACUCCCUCCCACAGCCGAGCGAGCUUUGCCGGGCGAAAAGCUUCUAUCGUCUAUCUAAAUACAUUCCCCCCCACGCGUUGCUUAAAACUCCCGAGAUAAUGAAAACGUUUCUAGAAAUUUUUAAUUUUUAUAUGAAUCACAGAAUAACGUGGUUGAUUCAGCUAGCGGCACAUUUUUCAAUAAAUCAAUUGAAACGCAAUAUGCCGAUUAUACCGUUUUGCAAAACCGUUUGAAACAAACAAAACUAAACACAACUAUCAAUUAUUCGGUAAGGCUAACAAGUAUGCAAUAUUAUUCGUUGGUAAGGAUAGGCAAGAUCGAGUUUUUUUUUCACUCUGUGGUAUCAGGUUUACAAACAUUAUAGGCAGGUAGAAGGAACAAGUCAGAUAAUCAAGUUCUCUUAUAAUUAGUCAGGUUCAUCACACAGGUUCGGUAACUGAUUGUUUUUCUGUAGUGGUUAAGACGGUACUAUUUCUACACUAGGUUAACCUCCCCCCCCCGGGCUUGUCAGAAAAUAAUCGUUCUUGAAAAAUCGCAUCGUCCCUCCUAUCGUUCGAGUUUUGAUGUAAUGUGAGCAAGCGAUCGUUUUUAUUUUUGCUUUUGAACGAACAGUUCCACGCAACCACGACACACACACUACAACAGCAGAGUUUAAACAACAUGCCAUUUAUUCAUAGACCAUAGAAAAAAAAACUUGUUCGAGCGUCAACUCGACUCAGUCAAAAUGUUACACAAAUACGAAUGAACUUAAUUACUGAUAACACAAAAUAAUUAAAAGUGUACCGCUUCGUGUGGCAGAAACAUUUACUACUACUAAUUAUAUUCGUCAAAAAUUGUUACUGAAAGGAAUAAAGCUUACACAUUGGUUACAAGA